AUGCUGUCACCCCUCUGGCAUAGUGCCUACUGGCCUAUGUUGUGCCUACGGGGCUAUUACUGCCUACGGGGCUAUUAUCUGCCUACGGGGCUAUUACUGCCUACGGGGCUAUUAUCUGCCUACGGGGCUAUUACUGCCUACGGGGCUAUUAUCUGCCUACGGGGCUAUUACUGCCUACGGGGCUAUUAUCUGCCUACGGGGCUAUUACUGCCUACGGGGCUAUUACUGCCUACGGGGCUAUUAUCUGCCUACGGGGCUAUUACUGCCUACGGGGCUAUUACUGCCUACGGGGCUAUUAUCUGCCUACGGGGCUAUUACUGCCUACGGGGCUAUUAUCUGCCUACGGGGCUAUUACUGCCUACGGGGCUAUUUACUGCCUACGGGGCUAUUACUGCCUACGGGGCUAUUACUGCCUACGGGGCUAUUACCUGCCUACGGGGCUAUUACUGCCUACGGGGCUAUUAUCUGUCUACGGGGCUAUUAUCUGUCUACGGGGCUAUUACUGCCUACGGGGAUAUUUACUGCCUACGGGGCUAUUACUGCCUACGGGGCUAUUUACUGCCUACGGGGCUAUUACUGCCUACGGGGCUAUUUACUGCCUACGGGGCUAUUUACUGCCUACGGGGCUAUUACUGCCUACGGGGCUAUUUACUGCCUACGGGGCUAUUACUGCCUACGGGUCUUUUACCUGCCUACGGGGCUAUUACUGCCUACGGGGCUAUUACUGCCUACGGGGCUAUUACCUGCCUACGGGGCUAUUUACUGCCUACGGGGCUAUUACUGCCUACGGGGCUAUUACCUGCCUACGGGGCUAUUUACUGCCUACGAGGCUAUUUCCAGAUGGUGGCUGAGCCGAGUCUCCGUGGCUGCACUUGCAGCGGCGGUUUAGCGGGAGCGCUACUUCAUCCUUCGAGGGCGAAGGACUACACAGGAUGGCCGAACUGA